ACCACUGUCACUUCUGUCAUUAGAGAUUGUAGACAGAGAUGCAUGGAUUAAACAUCAGCGGCAGAACUGCGGGAAAGAGGCAGACAAUAAACCAUGAGCAGACGCUGAUCGGCUCUAGUCAGGCCAGAAUGUUUUACUCCUUUAAAUCCAGAGGCUAAAUUUGCUAUUAUAAUUAGUAGUGUGAGUAAUAUUAGUAGGGUCACUCUGCAGCGUCAAGGGCAACAGACCGAACCAUGUGGGUAUGGGAUGUACUUCUAAAUAUACAGUUCGCCAAACAGAGAUGAGCUUCUUUAAGGUAACUGGAGCCUCCAGAACCCAGAUUAUGUGUCUUACGGUCAGUCAGAGACACAAGAAGGGCUGAACCUGUCCAGCUCCCCACCUAAGGCAUCCCCUUCAAGCAGAGCUGAGAUGAUUUUUUAAAAUAUACUUCAAUAUUCUGAUCUGGGCACAUUUUGCACCAAUAGGACAAAUCAUAGUUAAAUGCAGUUGAACUGUAAUAAAUCUACCAAUAUGCAGAGUGCUGUGUGUUAUCAAACCCCCCCACUAAGCAGUGAAUGCCUCUGCUUCCCCUUUAUUCCCGCUCCUCCACGGCUGCAGUAAGUCCUGUUAAUACGCACACAUGAGGUUUGGCUGCAGUGUGAAGUUCAAUGUCCGCUCACCUCCCCCACAGUGGCAGCAACAGUGGGAAACCACUGGGAACCAAUCACCAGGUUUACCACCUCUGAUAGUGAUAAUUAUGGGUCUGGAUGUGCUACGUCAUUCUUCCAGUUUCACUGUAAUCUCACAUUUCAAGUAUUACAUGUAACAAACAAGUCAAUAUCAAUUAAUUUCACUCCAUCCAUUACGUAUAUAUUUAGAUAUGAUGUUAUAAACUAUAUAUUUAACAUGGGUCAACGCAGCCUAAUACAGCGUUGUUUUGUUUUUACAAGUGAACCUGAUUUGUUUACCAGGUGGUCACGACCUUAACAAAGUGCUACAGAUAAUGGUGGGGGUGUUAAGGUUUUUUGUGAAUUACUGUAAAGAGGGAAUAAAGUGAGAAAAUGAGAGAGGUGGGGGCUGGGAGGGGGAGCAAGGCUUUAUGGGCCAAACAGAUAUAUAACUCAUAUUAGUGUAUGCAUUCACAUGUACAUGUGGCAGCUGGGUUGAGAUGAUGGGGGUCACUGGAGUACAAGCUGCAUUAUCAGCAAUUAGCUGCACCUGAUCUCUGAACCCUCCGAUUGAGCAACAACGCAGGCCGAGCUCUGGAAUCGGUUCAAACAGGGAACGCUAGGGAUUCCUGGCGUGACCAUGGCUAACAACAGGUCCUGUACGAGAUUUUGGGGAGGAGUAUGAAAGAUCAGAAACCUCAGGGACCGAGGGGCGGGGGGUCAAGAACAGGGGUCUGUGAGUAAUUGUGGUGACAGGCAGUGCAAGGGGACCAGGACUCAUGUGAGGCACAGAGGAAUUACAAAAUAAAAGACUCACAGAAGGCAGAGAGACUGGGAGGCCCACCGCUGGACUUCAGCAUGGGGAUAAAGAGCAAGGCUGCCGCCGCCAUCCUGGUGCUGCUGGUGUUCCUGGGAUCCCUGUGGCUCCCAGAGGGGGGGUUGGAUUAUCACUGGGAUGCUUGUUUAAAAGGUUAUAAUCAGGUGAACAAGCUUCACCAGCUGUCCAACACGAGCGCUGCUGUUGAGGAUGAGGCCCCGCCGGUCCUCAAGACGUGUCCGGGUCAGAGCUUCCAGGUGUCCCUGCUGCUCUCCCACCUGCUGGCUUCGCCGGCCUACGCGUCCGACGUGCUGCUUCAGCCCUAUCUGUCCAGCUGGGACGAGCUCGUGAAGUUUAUGGAUGCCCUGGGUCCAAUGGUGGGACUGAUAUCAAAAGAGAUAGAGAGUAAGACCUCCAUCAUCCGCCAGCUGGCUUUGUUACCGGAAAACGACCCCGAAGCAGAAGUGGGCCCAGGUAUGAACUCUGGGAAAAACGAGGCCUCGCGGGACACGGGUGCCUAUCACUCGGUGCGCUCCAUGAUCAGGGUGGAGCUGGAGCGAGGCGUGGUGAACUUCCACCACCAGACGGACUCCGGGUGCCGCACCCUGCUGCGCCUGCACCGGGCCCUGCUGUGGCUGAAGCUCUUCCUGGAGAAGCUGGCGGAGGCGCCGGCGGCCGGCCGGUUCCGGAGCCCGUCGGAGCUGUGCCGCGAGGCCUACCAGAGCACCCUGGCGCAGCACCACACCUGGUUCGUGCGCAGGGCCGCCGAGCUGGCCUUCAUCGCCAUGCCGGAGCGGGCCCUGUUCUACAGGCUGGUGUGCGUGCAGGGCCAGGACGGCCUGAGCGCCGUGCUCAGCCGAGUGGCUCGGGCCAUUGGGGAGGUUUAUGACAGGACGCAAGCAGCGCUGGAGGAACAUGCCAUGCUGGACCUGCCUUAGAGCGGACUCGCGCUGGACAUUCGCUUUCCACAGCAUUUACAUCACAUUCUGAGCCCCUGCACAAAAGCUCAGGACUAGGGUACAGUAUGUGCGUGAGCAUCCAUAUCAGUUUUAAAUGAGAAUAUAUUAGAGAUUAAAGGUUUGUUGUUAUAAAUAGACCUGACCUGAGGAAUGUGAAGCAGUUGUAGAUAAGAUUAUAAUUUACCCAGUGGGUGUGUAUUGGUAAUAAUGUAUUUGUACAGUGACACGGACGCUGGGCCUUCACUUGAUCAGAGUAUUUUUAACCCACAAAUGCCUCUAAUGCGACAUAAUCCCCGCCUCCUUUCCUCCUUUCCUUUUCCUGCACUAUGUGCUCUGUGUUUCUGAGGAGGAGACAGAUAAAAGAGGGAUAAGUAUAGACCCUGAAGCCACAGAGCGAGCAGGACAAAGGAGCAGGGUAAAGGAAGUGCACUUCAGCUGUAAUCCCCUCACACGGGUGGCACCAGACCUUCGAAGGACCUCCAAUGGAGGAAAAAGCCCAGGAUUCACCUGCUUUUAGUCUUGGGUAGUUCGGUUUGUGUGGAAUGGCUGCAUUUAGUGGUAGGCGUGCACGCAUCCAAAUUGCUUGUAUUAUUGUAAGCGCUGCACACAAUCAUAGACAGAUACAUCUGACAGCUGUUCACACUCAUCAGCUGUUUUGUACAGGAAUUCAAGUUUUUAGUAGCAUGUGUUCAAAUGCCACCAGCCACAUCUGCUGUAGCCUGCGAGGAUUAUGGUGAAUGGGAUUACAUUAGUUUAUGCUCACCUGAUGCUGCUUUAUAAAUUGUCUGGCUUCUCAUUCUGUUCCCUAAUGAGCCGUGAAGACAUUUUUCAUACAGGCAUUAAAGUCCUUCAUUCUUAAUCCUAAUGUCUGUUCAGUGAAUAAUAAACGUCCUCCCAGAGAACGUCACACACCAAAGGAAAAAUCCCAGAGAGGCAGAGGCAAAGACAAACUUUUUUAAAUGACAUUUAUUUAUUUCUCUAUCUCGUUUUGCAGGAAACAUGAGCAAAAUAUACAUAGAGUAAGAGCAGAAAAAUGAAGUUUCAGAAUAGAUAGUCAUCCUUUUGGUCAAAGGAGGGAAGGUUUGUUGGAAAUGUUUUUAAUUUAAAGCAUGAAUAGUCGACUCGGUCUCUGAUUUGGGUUCUGUGGUUCUGAAGCCAUCCUGAAUGUUUUGAACAGCUCAUUUCAAUGUAUUUACAACCUCUUCAGUUUGCUUGUGAUGCUUGUGUCUCAGUUUUGACACUAAGACGUCAGACAGCACUCAAAAAGGUGGCAGACCACGCAGAAUUAAAACAAAACCACUUUCAACCAAACUGUUGCCUAAAUCAUCAAAACCUACCAGGUAGCACCCAUUGUGUUUCUGUCCUGAAUAUCAAUAAAAAUACUCUUCUAUAAACAAAGCAUGGUGUUUGUAUUGUUCCAUACUGGCAAAAUGCACAUAAUGCAGUAUUUUUAUACCAGCCUUUCCAAUAAAUAAAUCAUACAGCCACAAAAACAGACAAAAAUAACCUAUAUUGCUUUUUGGGACUUCUCCUAAUCAUCACAGAAACAAGUGUGAUAAUGGAGUUAGAAGGGAAAAGGAUUCUGUGACGCUGGGGAACAGCGAGGUCUGUCCACCAGGAGGCACUGUUACGUUAGUGAAACUGUUCCCUUUGUGCGUAUUGUUAUUAUAAUAAUUAUUAUAUAAGAGUAAGACUUUUAAUAGCACAGGCUGCGCUUUCCUGCUUGGGUCCGACAGUACCUCAGAAUAACACAAAUAAAUACAAGCUAAACUGCCACAAAGGUCUUUGGUUGAAGAAGAAAUAUUUUGCACAUGCACAAAAGUCAAUGUCGAAUUGUAAGAUGAAGCGAACAUUUUCUUCGUUUAGCUGUGACUUAAAAGGGCAUCGCUUAUAAUAAUGAUCAGGAGAAGUAGAAUGGAAUUAAAAGUAAGAAAUGAAGGAACCUGAAGACGCUGAAUCAAGUGUGACGCAAGGGGGCGGAGCAAUAAAGUAGGGUAAAGAGGUUCAGCGUGCCUGCUGUGGAUUACCAGAUUAAGAGGUUACCGUGAAAUUAAGUAACUGUUGUAGGAAAGCCAGAGGAGAAAUAUGUGUGACACAAAGUAAGUAUGAAGCUCGGAGUAAUGUUAGGGCACAUCGUUUUUUUUAUUUACUUUCUGUCUUUCUCUCUCUCUCUCCUUCCUUCCUUCCUUCCUUCCUUCCUUCCUUCCUUCCUUCCUUCCUUCCUUCCUUCCUUCUUCUUCAGACCUCUGUGACAUAUUUGUGAGCAUACUGGGAAACACAAAGUGAGAGUUGAGGCAGAUCUUAUGUGAAAGAGCAGAUGCUCAUGUUCCACAUUUGCUUCAGUUACAUGGCAGGAGUACAAUCGCAUUGCCACAGUCUUGAGGCCGUUCCAAGGUAAUGCUCGUGAGUUUAAAAGUGUGACUACACCGACUUCUGCAGCCAAUAUUUCUGGGUAGUUCUUAAUUUUGUGGUCUGAUACUGUGCUACAGUAUGUAAACCUGGCCAAACUUGUUAUUUGAUUGAUGAUUCUAGUUUUCAUGUUUAUAUAAAGGGAAAACACUGCAACAACAACGGGAACAUUUCUGUUUUCCUAAUUUCCUACAAGUCUAAAAGACAAAAAUCUGAUGAACUAACAACUCACCUAAUCUAGACUCUAGUCACCUCUCAAAGCACCUGUAAACUACACAUUUCCUGGAUUGGGAAAUUUGGACGGUAAUGAUGAGUAUUAUAUGAAUAAAUUAACAUGAACAAACUCAAAUGUUCUACAUCCAUCUCAUCCCAAUCUGUAUAUACAUCAAUUAAUUCAUCUUCCACAAAAAAGAGAAAACACACAUGCGCACACACACUGCCAGUGCAAAUCAAUACAAAAUAUGACAUUGGCAUCUAUCGCUGAUGUAUAUGACAUAGAUGCAAAACGCUCAAACAUCUCAUAUUUAAAGUUGUGAAAAAUUGGGAUGUGGGAAAUUGUCUAUAAGAGUAAAAUAAAAUGGAUUAGUAGUAAAUUCUGGGGGAUAAAUCAAUUUUUAACUUAAAAUCAUUUCAAAAGUAUGACUGAUUUCCUGUUUCCUGUCAUACUGUAGUUCAUUUGGCAUCAUCAUUUUGACCAUUCCCAGCUACCCAAUCAUCUAUUGACCAACCCGUGUCAACAUCUAGUGCUAUAAAACUGUUCAUGUUACUACCUGAAGAAUGGACUAACGCAGCCAUAACAUAUGCCAUGUAAUGAAUAUUGCACAUUGCAUGCAACUUCCCGACCUACAGGAUGAGAUGGGAGCCGUCAAAGGAACACACACACACACACACACACACACACACACACACACACACACACACACACACACACACACACACACACACACACACACACACACACACAC